AUGGGCUUUCGCAAUUGCGACAUCGCAAAGCAGGGAUCCAAACACCUAGCUGUGUCUUCGACAAAUCAAUCGAUCGGCCAUCCUGAGUUGCCCGAUCGAUAUACUUGUCGCUUCUUGACGUACACUGGAAAGGAGUGGACCUCUCGCGACAGCGGCGAAUUCGGCGUUCCCAUCAGCCCCGCUUUGACCGACCGACGAGCCCAGGACACCGACGCCGCAUCGACCGAAACCCGCCAGUCCGGAAAAAUUGGCUUCUUUGCGUUCGCAUUGGCGGACUGGAGUGCUUUUCGGGGUCGUCGUACAGUCACCAAUGGAUUCCUCAAGACGAAGCUCGAUCUAGCAAAAACAGCAGGUGACACAGUGGGGCGGAACCGGGCCGGUGAGCAGGCCAUGGAAGUCGGGGACGUUUCAGGUAUCGUCACCGAUGCAAACAGCAUCUCGAACAACGCCUACGACUACAUCAUCGUCGGUGGUGGUCUAUCCGGCCUGACCGUUGCCAAUCGACUCUCCUCCAACUCUUCCGUCAAAGUCCUCGUCAUCGAAGCCGGAAAUGACGAUCGCAAUAAUGCCGACGUUUACGACGUCGACAACUACGGCAGGGCCUUCAGCACUGACAUGACGUUCCACUUCGACACGGUACCGCAAGUCGGAGGACACGCAAAGACACCGUUGGGUGGACGAACUUUGGGAGGAAGUACGAGUAUUAACGGAGCUGCGUGGAAUCGUGCUUCCAAAGCGCAGUACGAUGCGUUGGGGAGCUUGGUGAAUUCCACGGAUGGAGGGUGGAGUUGGGAUGGAUUGUUGGGGUAUAUGAAGAAGAGUGAGAAGUUUGUGGCGCCGAACCAGGAUCAACAGAACUUGGGAGCGAGGUACGAUGCAAGCGUUCACGGGACGAGUGGGCCGCUGGAGAUUGCUUUUUCGCAGAUCCGCAAUACGAACGGCAGAAGGAGUACGGGAGGAGCCACGUCGCAGUGGAAACGAAUGUACACGGGUCCGCAGCAGGCCGCUUUCAUCAAGGCUGUCGGUGAAACGCUCGGUGUACAGCAUGUGGACGAUCAGUGUUCCGGUCAAGCCAAUUCGGUCGCCUACACGCCCAACUCGAUCGGCGUCAACGGUCGACGCACGUCGUCCGCUUCUGCCUACUACACUCCCGUGCAGAACAGGGACAACCUCACCAUCCUCACCGGGACCAUGGCAAAGAAUCUGCUCUGGGAUGCAGCCACGUCCAGCAACGCUCUUCGCAGCUCAGGUGUGGUGGUUCAGCAAGGUCACGACGGUACCCAGAUCCGUCUGGUUGCCAACAAGGAGGUCAUCUUGGCGGCUGGAGCGCUCAACACCCCCGUGCUGCUCCAACGUUCCGGCGUCGGUGCCAAAUCCGACCUGAAUGCCAUCGGUGUCGAUCAGAAAGUGGAUCUUGCCGGAGUCGGAAAGAACCUUCAGGAUCAAUCCAUGACCACCAUCGGCUCCCGCGCCAACGUCGAUUACAGCGGUGGAGGACCCGCCGCAACCAUCGCGAUGCCCAACAUCCAACAGAUCAUGUCCAACGCUACCGAUGUCCGCGCUUACAUCAACUCGAACCUCGACGCUUGGGCUAACCAGUUGCUCUCCCAGGGGCACAUUGCCACCAAAUCCAGCGUUCUUGCCCAAUGGCGUUCGGCCAUCUCGCUGAUCUUCGACCAACAAGCACCGGUGGUCGAGCUGUUCUUCGACACGGGUUACCCGUCGAACUCCUACGGAUUGGACAUCUGGACGCUGCUCCCCUUCAGCCGUGGUUCGAUCCGUGCCACCUCCCAAAACCCAUACGAUGCUGCACGAAUCGAUCCGAACUACUUCGGCCUUCCGAUCGACAUGGACAUGCAAGUGGCAUCCCUGCGAGCCGGGCGCCGGGUGCUCAAGGACUCCAACCUGAGAUCCCUCACGUACAACGGCGAGACCACCCCCGGGUUCUCGCUCAUCCCCGACGGCACCUACUCCGGUCGCUACAGCAGAUGGAGAGACUGGAUCCUGGGAAACACCCCCAACGGUGGAACCGGAUUUGCCGCUGUCAGCCAUCAGCUCGGAACAGCGGCCAUGGCAAGCAGAGCAAACGGCGGUGUCGUCGACACAAAAUUCAAGGUGUACGGAACGAGCAACGUCAGGGUGGUGGACGCCAGUGUAAUGCCCGUCCAGGUUUCGGCUCAUUUGAGCGCCACGCUCUACGGCGUCGCUGAGAAAGCGGCGGAUACGAUCAUCAGUAAUAAGUGA